AUGAUUGCAAUGACCAUGGACACGCUUGCCGUGUUCGCAUCCUCUCACAAGAAAUCGAAACCGACUAGCUCGGCAAAUAAUAAGGAGAAAGCCUUAGAUGAACUCGAGACGAGUUCCGCACGCUGCAAACCGGAGGCCAUAGGCAACCUUUGCAAGACGACUAAAUUCAGCCGGGAUGAGAUCAAGCGAAUAUAUCAGGGGUUCAAACAGACUUGCCCGAGCGGCCUCGUUACGGAAACCGUCUUCAAAGACAUGUACUGCCAGUUCUUUCCGCUAGCUGAUACCACUCUGUAUGCGCACUAUGUUUUUCGAGUUCUCGACAAGGACAAGACAGGCACCAUCAACUUCAAGGACUUCGUCCAGGGAUUGUCGGUUCUCUCCCGAGGCUCACCCAACGAGAAGCUGGAAUGGGUAUUCAACUUGUACGACAUUAAUAGAGAUGGCUGUAUAACUGCUGACGAAAUGCUGGAAAUCGUGAAUUCGGUGUACUCUCUGCUGGGCCACUAUGCUCAGCCUUGCAUCGAUGAGGUAUCUGCGAGGGAGCAUGUGACCCGUGUGUUCCACAAAUUGGACUUCAACCGCGAUGGCAUCGUCACGAGCGAAGAGUUCGUCCACGCCUGUUUGAAGGAUCCAGAGAUAGUGCGCUCACUCGGAGUCCUGGAUACUGUGCUGGAAUAGGCGAAAUGGCCGAGCCUCUUAAACGAGUUCGA